AUGGCCACCCCAUCAAAUGGGAGAACUCACACCAAACUCGCCGGUACUCCCGACUAUGACGACGCACAGUUCUGGGAUAACAAGUUUGCGACCGGGCGAGAUGUCGGUGAAUGGCUAAAUCCCGGCGAGUCGCUUGUCGACGCCGUACUGUCCGACCUAGAGAGUCGUUCAUCUUUUGCCGUUGACGCGACGCCUCGCGUGUUACAUCUGGGACCGGGCAUAUCCAAACUCGGUGCCAAACUUCGAGACGCUUUCACGGAGCGUCGUUGGCUGGGUAAUGGCAUCGUGAACGUCGACUUUUCCGCCGAAGCCGUCCGCCUGGGCCAAGAGAGAGAGAGCAAGGAGGAUAUGUCGUACGCCAUGCAAUGGCUACGCGCAGACCUGCGGUCGUGGGACGAUAUGUCGCGUCUUUCUUCCUUCGGGCCAUUCGAUAGCAUCCUAGACAAGAGCACUAGUGAUGCGAUUGCGACCGGCCCGUCACCUAGUUUCUCGCCGGAGACAGCCCCAACCGAUAUCUGUCCGACCGUCCGGCAAAUUAUUGAGCAUAACGGCGAGACGACAUUGUCUCCGGUCGAGCUGCUAGGACUGCAUCUAGUGCCGUUAACGCGACCGGGUGCUAUGUGGGCUACGUUGUCAUAUUCGACGAUGCGGUUCGACAACAUGAGGCAUUUGGCGGGCUACUGGGAUCUGGUGUCUCGUACACCGGUGAAGGCGCCGCAGGGCGAGGCUUCGGCGUUUGCGCACACGCCGGAGGUGUUUCACUGGAUAUACAUCCUGCGACGCAAGUAG